AUGUCUUGUAUGAUACCAAUUAUUCUUGGUAGUUCAUUAAUAUUUGCUAGGGUCAUCACUAAAGAAACAGAAGCACAAUUAAGUACAUAUUCAAAAGCUGGACAAAUCGCUCAAGAAGUGUUUAGUUCAUUAAGAACUGUACUCUCAUUCAAUGGAGGCAAAUUGCAACAAAAACAAUAUGAUAAAGAAUUAAAACUAAAUGAAUGGUGUACUGUUCGCAAAGAUGCUGCAUUUGGUGCUUUUACUGGUUGGAUAUUUUGUAUAAACUUUAUAGUUUAUUCAAUUGGUUUCACUUUUGGUUCCAUUCUUAUGUCUUAUGGAAAUCAUCGUACACUGACCAUUAGUGAGAUUCUUAUUGUUGUGAAUAUGUUUGCACAAGCUUUAAGUUUUCUCAAUUCAAUUGGACCUUUCUUCCUAUCAAUUUCAGAAGCUCAAGGUGCAGCAGUAUCCGUAUUUCGACUUAUUGAUGAGGCACAUGAUGCAAAUAUUAAUGAAAAAGAAAUAUUGCAAGAGAGCAUAUCUGAUGAGAAAUCUAUUUCUAAUAUCAAUGGUGAUAUUGAAUUUGAUAAUGUUAGUUUUUCUUAUCCAUCUAGAGAAAAUGCAACAGCUUUGAAUAAUCUUAAAUUGAUUGCUCGUGCUAAUCAAACAACUGCUCUUGUAGGUUCAAGUGGUUGUGGAAAAAGUACAUGUGUAUCACUUCUUCUUCGCUUUUAUGAACCUUCCUUGGGCAGAAUUAUGAUUGAUGGGCAAUCAAUUACAGAUUAUAAAAUCAAACAGUUUCGUCAAAAUAUUGGAAUUGUUAGUCAAGAACCUAUUCUAUUUGGAAUAAGUAUUUAUGAAAAUAUUCGUUUUGGUAAAAUGAAUGCAACACGUGCAGAAAUUGAAAAUGCAGCAGAACAAGCUAAUGCACAUAAAUUCAUUAUGAAAUUACCAAAUAAAUAUGAAACACUUGUUGGUGAACGUGGUAUACAAUUGAGUGGUGGCGAAAAACAACGUAUUGCAUUAGCCCGUGCACUUGUCAAACAACCCAGUAUUCUUUUGUUAGAUGAAGCAACAAGUGCACUUGAUAAUGUUAGUGAAAGAAUUGUUCAAGAAGCACUUGAUCGAGCAUGCAAAAAUCGUACCACUAUAGUUAUUGCUCAUCGUUUGACUACGAUUCAAAAUGCUGAUUAUAUAUAUGUAUUAGAUAGCGGAAGUGUACUUGAAGAAGGUACACAUGAAACAUUAUUGGCAAAAGAAGGAGGCAAAUAUCAAACAAUGGUCAAAAUGCAACAAUCUGAAAAAAUGAUUGAUGCACAAGAUGGCUUAAUGAAUAUGGAAAAAGCAGCAGCUGAAGAUGAAGAACAAAUACUGGAACGUAUUCGUCUGCUGAGUGAAAGCGAAUCAAUUGAUAUAAAUCAGGAAUUUAAUGAUUGUAAUUACGGUGAUGUGCGUCGUCGAGUGUUGAUUACAUGUGGUUUAUUUAUUCUUACCGGCGCUAUUUUUAUGAUUUUUCAUUUUUUUCAAGUAACAAUUUUAUUACUAAACUAUAUCAAUGAGUUUUUUCAUCUUCGUUUACAGUUUGUGACUUUUGGAAUAGCAGGAGCAAAAUUAGUUACUCGUCUUCGUUCAAAAUCUUUCGCAUGCUUUCUUCGUCAAGAAGUCGCUUAUUUUGAUCGACCUGAAAACAGUUCUGGUGCUAUAUGUACUCAACUCUCUUCUAAUGCAGCUGCUAUAGAAGAUAUGGCUGGUACAAGAUUAGGCAUUAUUUGUCAAGCUUUAUCCAUGUCUACUUUUGGCUUCUUGCUUGGCUUUUUUUACAAUUGGCAAUUAACAAUGAUCAUAGCUAUUCCUUUCGUUAUCGUACUGAUCGCCACUAUUAUAGAAAUACGGUUGAGUUCAUGGUUAAAAACACAAUCUAAUCUCGUUCACUCUCAAGCUAGCACGCUUGCUGUUGAAGUUAUUACAAAUAUGCGCACAGUAAAACAGUUAUCAAUGGAAAUUGAAAUUUUACAACAAUAUUCGAAUAUGAUUGAUCAAGUAUUAAAAUUGUCUUGGAGACCUGAAGCACUGUUUGCAACAGUUUUUGGAUUGUACUGGGCAAUGAGUUCAUUAACUUUGGGACUUUUGUA